GUUUUUCUAUAAUUUACAAUGCACAAGAGCGCUUCUGCUUCUUCUUUUGGUCCAGGAGGCCUAGACCUGUCUCAGGCUUUCUUCAAGCCCAUCCGAGACACCGCCCCACCUUCCCCCACCAAGCGCCACACCAAAAUCUCCGUCAUCGGAGUCGGGAAUGUCGGCAUGGCAAUCGCCCAAACCAUCCUCACUCAAGACUUAACCGACGAACUCGCCCUCGUUGACGCCAAGCCGGACAAGCUCCAUGGCGAAAUGCUCGACCUCCAACACGCCGCUGCGUUCCUCCCACGUACCAAGAUCGUCGCUUCCGUUGAUUAUUCCGUGACCGUCGGAUCGGAUCUCUGUAUCGUCACCGCCGGCGCCCGUCAGAACCCUGGCGAGUCUAGGCUGAAUCUGUUACAGAGGAACGUUGCUCUGUUGUCGAACAUUAUUCCUCCAUUAGCAAAAUACUCACCCGAUACGAUUCUCUUGAUCGUUUCGAAUCCUGUGGAUGUGCUAACGUACGUGUCCUGGAAGUUAUCCGGCUUACCAUCGAAUCGGGUCAUCGGUUCGGGUACGAACCUGGACUCGUCCAGGUUCCGAUUCUUGAUCGCCGAUCACUUGGAUGUCAACGCUCAGGAUGUGCAGGCCUACAUAGUCGGUGAGCAUGGAGACAGCUCCGUCGCACUGUGGUCCAGUAUUAGUAUCGGUGGAGUGCCAGUGUUAAGCUUCCUAAAGAACCAACAAAUUGCGUACGAAAAAGAGACGCUGGAGAAGAUUCACAAGGCAGUUAUCGAGAGUGCAUACGAGGUGAUCAGUCUGAAAGGGUAUACAUCAUGGGCAAUUGGCUACUCGGUGGCUAACUUGGCCAGAAGCCUGCUUAGAGACCAGAGGAAGAUCCACCCAGUUUCAGUCCUUGCAAAGGGGUUUUACGGCAUCGAUGGUGGUGAUGUUUUCUUGAGCUUGCCAACGCAGCUGGGCAGGGGUGGUGUAUUGGGCGUCACCAAUAUCCAUUUGACGGAUGAAGAGGAGCAGAGGCUUAGGAUGUCGGCUAAAACUAUACUUGAAGUUCAGAGCCAACUGGGACUGUAAGAAACCAAAUAUAAUGCAAUUUA